GAUAAUAAUAAUGGAAGGCCAGAACCCAAUAACCCAUUAAUCUUUUCAGUUGAUGGUUAAAAAGCUCCCACCUUUGGCCGAGCCCAGAAAGGUUUUUCCUCUGAAUUCUCGGUUUCCUGCUGCAUCUGUUCUUCAGAGAGAUUUUGUUUUGCCAAUUUAGGGCUUGUGGCACUGCCAGUUCUAAUGGUUCAUAAACUGAUUUCUUCGGCAAGAGAGUGAACUCUUUCACUUGGCAAGGUGAGUUCUCUUUGGAUUCCUUAAUAUCCCCUCUCCACAGUUUCUCAACUUUUUUCUCUAUGUUCCUUGAAUUGGGUUCUGGCUACUACGAAAAGUAUUAGAAACCAGUGAUUGUUGUUCGAAAGUUACUUCCUUUCCCUUGCCCGAUGGGUUUUUCAUGGCUGUGAAAGUUUGUAAUUAUCUUCAAGCUUUGCCUGCUGAUUUUGCCUUGUGGUGAUGGUUUCAUGCAAAAUCUCCAGUUGGGUCCUUCACAAAGUUGUAGUUAUUGAUAGAAAAGAUAAAUUCUUUCUAGUUUGUGCUGUUCUUGUGUGUGACUUGGUGUCAAUACUUGGAUAAACAGUUGGUGCUCCCUCUAAAAUGGAUCUGUGAUUGCAGUUGAACUUGAACAAACCACAUCACUUAUUUGAUUGAACGAUGUUUCUGCGAGUGGGGCGUGAUGGGUAUUCGGAUAUGAGCAAUACAAAUCCAUCCUGGAAGUUCCUCUUUUUGUUUUUCAUCUUCACUGUUCUCUUGUGCUUUGGCUCAUGAUGAUGAGCUCUGAGUAGUUAACCAAUUUUCGGUUUGGUUAUAGCUUUGUUGCAAACUCUGAAGCAGAAAGGUUCUGGAUAUGGAUGAUGAUGGUGCUAACUCUGCCUUUGGGAACUUCCCAUCCAUCACUAGCACCAUGGAUUUGGAUUUCAUGGAGCAACUCUUUGAUGAAGGAUGUUGGAUGGGGACUCCUGAUGGAUUCACCUUCCCACAACAGCAGUACCCUCCGUCUUCCAACGAUCUAUAUCCCGCGUCGAGAUUCUUCCCCUCCCUUGAUCCCUUCACUGCUCAACAAAAAAUCCAUCAAGAAGCUGACUUUCAUGAUGACUCAACUGCCAAAGGAGGUCAACCUGUUGAAAUGGAUUCCAAAAACGGUUGCAGUGUCGCUUCGGUCACGUAUGUAGCAGGAUACGAGAGCCAUUCUUCGAUCAAAGAUCGAUUGGAGUAUGCUAUAAAGAAGUUGAAAGAGUACACAGAACAUAGAGAUGUCCUCGUGCAGAUAUGGGUGCCCAUAUACCACGGAGGCAAGCAUGUUCUUACCACCGAAGACCAGCCUUACUUCCUUACUCCCAAGUGCAUGAACCUCGUUAGCUAUAGAGAUGUCUCAAAAGGAUAUCACUUUGAAGCUGAGGCGGAUUCAAAGGAGUUCGUCGGGCUACCCGGUCGAGUUUUCUUGGGAAAGUUGCCUGAGUGGACACCAGAUGUUCGGUACUUCAAAACCGAGGAGUAUCCACGAAGGAACUACGCGGCUCAAUUAAGCAUCAGUGGCUCUCUUGCAUUUCCUGUUUUCGAGCGUAACUGUGGGAGUUGCUUGGGGGUUGUUGAGGUUAUAACAACAACCAGAGAUAUCAAGUACCGCCCUGAGCUAGAGAAUGUCUGCAAAGCUCUUGAGGCUGUUGAUUUAAGCAGUUCAAACAACUUUGUCCCUCCUACUCCUAGUGUAACGGGCUGCAAGGAGUUCUGUCAAGCAGCAGUUCCCGAACUGCAAGACAUUUUGGCAUCUGUCUGCAGCACUCACAAGCUACCUCUAGCGCUAACAUGGGCUCCAUGCUUCCGACAAGGCAAAGGUGGAUGCCGCCAUUUCGACGAGAGCUACGCAUGCUACAUCUCCACCGUGGACUCAGCCUGCCAUGUGACAGACACAGAGCUCCACGAGUUCCAUGCUGCUUGCUCCGAGCAGUACCUUUUCCUCGGCCAAGGAAUCGUUGGCAAAGCAUUCACAGUGAACAAACAAUGCUUCGCAAAUGAUGUCACGGCAUUCAGCAAGUCAACAUAUCCCCUUUCUCACCAGGCCAUGGUGUUUGGCCUAAACGCUGCUGUGGCAAUCCCACUACAGAGUCAAAUUGGCGGUCCAGCCGAUUUCGUGCUGGAGUUCUUCUUGCCAAAGGAUUGCCAAGAGAGAAAAAAGCUUCGAGACUUGCUUCCCCUCACUGUUCAGCAGGCUUCUCGUAGCUUACGAGUUGUGAUGGAGAAAGAGGUAGAGGAAGAGAUGGACCCGCGAGCUUCAGUUCCAGAAGAGUCUUCUUGGAUAAGCCGAUUUAUGGAGGCUCAAGGGGAAGGUGACACUUUCUCUUUCUCAAUGGAAUGUGCAAAGGAAGAACCUCAAGAGGAGUUUAAGGUGAUGAAAUACUGGGAGACCAAUCAGAAGGAGAUGAAUGCUAGGCCCGUCUCUACUGAGCAUCAAUCAUCGAGCAGUAUUAGAAGGACGAGUGAGAAGCGACGAACCAAAACUGAGAAGACUGUUAGCUUGGAAGUGCUAAGGCAGUAUUUUGCUGGAAGCCUUAAAGAUGCUGCCAAGAGUCUUGGUGUGUGCCCCACUACUCUGAAAAGGAUAUGCAGGCAAUAUGGGAUCAACCGAUGGCCUUCUCGUAAGAUCAAGAAGGUUGGCCACACUCUGAAGAAGCUCCAACUUGUAAUCGACUCGGUGCAAGGUGCAGAAGGAUCCAUUAAAAUCGGUUCCUUCUACACUGCUUUCCCUGACUUGACAUCUCCAAAGGAAAACAACUGUUCUCAGCAACCAGAGAGCAGCAUGCUCAACAAUGUAACAGCAGCAGCAAUUGCUUCGAAAUCAGCAUCCACAUCCAGCAGUCAGAGCUCAGGUUGCAGUUCAUGUCAGCAAGAUGCAUUAUCUCCUACUGAAGACCCCAGCAGUUUGCUCAAGAGAACACACAGCGACGCAGAAUUGCUUGUAUUAAACCAUCACGAGGAGCUAAAGCAGCACCAUCUGCGCAGAUCACAGAGCCACAGAACGCUCAAUGGCUGUCCUAAACGCGGCUGCAGGAGGUUAAGAGAAGGGAAUGGUUUCCGAGUUAAGGCUUCCUUUGGAGAAGACACGAUCCGAUUCAGCUUGCCAUCCAGCUGGGGGUUUGUGGAGUUGCAGCAAGAGCUGUUGUCCCGGUUCAAUGUCGAUACAACCUGCAGAAUCGACCUCAAGUACUUGGACGACGAUCACGAGUGGGUGCUUCUCACGUGUGAUGCGGAUCUCGAGGAGUGCAAAGAUGUUUACAUGUCAGAACAGCGUCACACCAUCAAGCUUUCGGUUCAUCGGUCGACGCUAAGAGCUGCGGCAACAAGCUCAAUUCAACAAUGAAUGAAUAAAUCAGUUCUCUCUCUAGUUGAUAGAAUACAUAGUGUGGAUAUUGUUUCUCCUUGCAUGAGUUUGUGUGUGUGAUAGUUCCAGAGAUCUACCCAUCAUGUGGAAAUACAAAGGUGGGAGAUCAUUUUUACUCGGGGAAUGUUUGUAGUUCUGAUAAAACUGCCACUGGGAUCUUGUUUUAUAGAUCACUGGCAAUAAAUCCAUAGUAGGAAUGUAUAACAGUAGAACAACCGUUGGUUGUUGCAUCAUCUUAUGUUUACCAGGUUUGUAUAUUAGUAAAAAGCUGGCAUCUUUACAGUAAACAUGUCGAUUUUGAAGCA